AAUAUCACUCACACAUGAUGAAUGGGUCUACCUGCUCUUUUUUGUACUACUCAGUAGGCACACAAAUCUUGCCUCAUAUUCUUGACUGAGACAUCCCCUUACGGAACUUCAUUUUCAAUAUCUACUUGCCAUUUUCUGCAAUCAAAUGCCAUAAAGUUUUCAACUUUAGCUGAUUCGUGACGUUUUUGCCUCUGGCUGUUCCCCUUUUGGUCGCUUGAACUAACUCUACUAUCUCUUUCUCUCUCUCUCUCUCUCUGUUUGUUGUUUUUCUGUGAUCAUCUCAAUUGGGUAGAAGAAGAAGUGCUCAAUUUUCGUUUUUUGUUUCAGCUGAGACUAGCAGUUUCUGAAGAGGGAAUAGCUUAUUCUCUACUUUGUUGAAGUGUGCAAAUGGCUUCACUUGGUGAUAUAGGACUUGCAGCAGCAAUAAACCUCCUCAGUGCAUUAACUUUCUUAAUUGCAUUUGCUGUGCUCCGGAUACAACCUAUAAAUGAUAGAGUGUACUUUCCGAAAUGGUAUUUGAAGGGUUUAAGGACCAGUCCUUUGCACUCAGGAGCAUUUGUGAGCAAGUUUGUCAAUUUAGACUUCAAUUCUUAUAUAAGGUUCUUGAAUUGGAUGCCGGCAGCAUUGCAAAUGCCAGAACCGGAACUAAUUGACCACGCAGGCCUGGAUUCCGCCGUGUACUUGAGGAUAUACUUGCUCGGGCUAAAAAUAUUUGUCCCCAUUGCACUCCUUGCAUUUUCUGUUAUCGUACCUGUCAAUUGGACCAACGACACCCUGAAGCGUUCAAAUUUGGUUUACAGUAGCAUAGAUAAGCUUUCCAUUUCAAACAUUCCAUUAGGAUCAAACAGAUUUUGGACCCAUUUGGUAAUGGCCUAUGCUUUUACCUUUUGGACAUGCUAUAUCUUGAAAAGGGAGUAUCAGAUUAUUGCAACAAUGAGGUUGCAUUUUCUUGCUUCAGAACGACGCCGUCCCGACCAGUUCACAGUACUUGUUAGGAAUGUACCACCUGAUCCUGAUGAAUCAGUUAGUGAGCUAGUGGAGCAUUUCUUCUUGGUCAACCAUCCAGACCACUAUCUCACUCAUCAGGUUAUCUACAAUGCAAAGAAACUUUCUAGCCUAGUUGCUAAGAAGAAGAAAAAGCAGAACUGGCUUGACUACUACCAACUUAAAUAUUCUAGAAAUCAGACCGAAAGGCCAACUAAAAAGACUGGAUUUUUAGGACUUUGCGGCAAUAGGGUGGACGCAAUUGAUUUUUACACAGACGAAAUCGAUAAACUUUCAAAAGAAAUUGAAUUGGAGAGAGAGAAAGUCAUAAAAGAUCCUAAAUCCAUAAUGCCAGCAGCUUUUGUUUCUUUCCGAACUCGUUGGGGUGCAGCAGUUUGUGCCCAAACUCAGCAGUCCAGAAAUCCAACCACAUGGCUUACUGAAUGGGCUCCGGAACCUCGUGAUGUGUAUUGGAAUAACAUGGCCAUACCAUAUGUUUCCCUCACAAUAAGGAGGCUUAUAGUUGCAGUGGCUUUCUUCUUUCUGACAUUCUUUUUCAUGAUUCCUAUCGCAUUCGUGCAGUCACUUGCCAACAUUGAAGGCAUUGAAAAAGCAGCUCCCUUCUUGAGGGCCUUUAUUGAGAUACCAUUUAUAAAAUCUUUUAUACAAGGUUUCCUUCCUGGGAUUGCUUUGAAGAUAUUCCUCAUUUUUCUGCCAACAAUAUUGAUGAUAAUGUCAAAGUUCGAAGGGUUUAUAAGCACGUCUGCUCUCGAAAGGAGAUCAGCAACAAGAUAUUAUAUCUUUCAGUUCAUAAAUGUAUUUCUUGGGAGCAUAAUUACUGGGACUGCUUUCCAGCAACUGGAUAAGUUUAUCCACCAGUCUGCGAAUGAAAUUCCGAAGACUAUUGGUGUCUCAAUUCCAAUGAAGGCAACUUUCUUCAUAACCUAUAUAAUGGUUGAUGGUUGGGCUGGUUGUGCUGGUGAGAUUCUAAGGUUGAAGCCAUUGAUAUUCUAUCACUUGAAAAACACCUUCUUGGUGAAGACUGAAAAGGACCGCGAAGAAGCAAUGGAUCCGGGAACCAUUGGUUUCAAUACAGGAGAACCACAAAUUCAACUUUAUUUCUUACUUGGCCUUGUUUAUGCUGUGGUCACCCCUUUUCUACUUCCAUACAUCAUCGUCUUCUUCGGUUUUGCAUAUGUUGUCUAUCGUCAUCAGAUUAUAAAUGUGUACAACCAAGAAUAUGAGAGUGCUGCAGCUUUCUGGCCUGAUGUACAUGGCCGCAUUAUAUUUGCUUUAGUGAUCUCACAGCUUCUAUUAAUGGGAUUACUGAGUACAAAAGAAGCUUCUAACUCAACUCCAUUGCUCAUCACUCUCCCUGUUUUAACCAUUUGGUUUCAUCGCUUCUGCAAAGGGCGAUAUGAACCUGCUUUCAUUCGGCAUCCAUUACAGGAAGCAAUGAUGAAGGACACGUUGGAGCGUGCCCGAGAGCCGAACUUCAAUUUGAAAGAGUUCCUACAGAGUGCUUAUAUCCAUCCUGUUUUCAAGGGUAGCGACGAAGACAGCGAGAGCGAAGCAAUGAGUGAAGAGGGUGAGCAGGAACCGGUGCUUGUCCAAACGAAACGACAGUCUCGGAAGAACACACCGGCACCUAGCAAACAUAGCAGUUCAUUGUCAUCCCCCCUCCAUGAAUCUGCUGAUAAACAUUUGCGGCCUUAA